AUGCAACUUCAGGGUCACGAUGUGCUGCUGCGGCAAGUUGCUUCAUUGACAGGGUCUAUGCCUGGGGAUGUGCCAAUUGAUGAGUCCGUGCGCAAUGCCUUACCUGAGGGUACAACAGCUAUGAGCGCCUACCGCUUCGGGCAGUCUGCAUGGUCACUGACGGCCAAGAUCAACGCGGUUGAUAAGCACGGAGACCCGACCGCAUUUUUCCUCAAGUACGUCCCAGGCGACCUGGGCCAGAUGCAGUUGGAGGGAGAGUUUGUGGGCAUGACGGAGCUUCACAAAGCCGCCCCGACCUUUGUUCCUCGGCCGAUUGGAUGGGGGAAACUAAAGAGCGUGGUUCCAUCGAGUCACUUCUUGCUGGUCGAGUUCAAAGACUUUACUCCUGUUCUGCCGGACCCCGUCAAGCUGGGUGAGCGUGUGGCGGCACUGCACAAGAACAGUUCCUCUCCAACGGGCCAGUUCGGGUUUCCGAUCCAGACCUUCGACGGGGCGCGCCCGCAGGCAGUCGGCUUGGACCCGAGCUGGACAUCCUUCUUCUCCAAGCUUCUUGCCGAAGCUUACCGCCAGGACAUGGAGACCAACGGGCUGUGGCCGGAACUGGACGCCGUGUACCUCAAAGUCCAGUCCCAACUUAUUCCAAGACUUAUUGGGGCACUCGAGGCCGAUGGACGCGUGGUCAAGCCGGUGCUCAUUCACGGCGAUAUGUGGGACGGAAACAUAGGGACUGAGUCUAGCACGGGCGAUCCUUGGAUCUUUGACUGCGCUGCGUAUUACGGCCAUAACGAAAUGGAUCUAGGCAUCUGGCGAGCAGAAAGGCACCAGUUGCGCUCAAAGGUCUACCGGCGAGAGUACCUCCGAAACAUGGAGCCUAGUGAGCCCGAGGAAGAAUGGGACGACAGAAAUCGCCUGUACAGCGCCAAAACGAACUUCAUGCACUCGGCAUGUUUUGCAGGGUCACCUGCCCGACAGCAGACUUUCGAUGAUUUUGUUUUUCUGCUUCGGAAGUACUUCCCCGACAUGUCUGAUACUACGGAAAGGAAUAACAUUAAGCAAGGCGAAUAG